AUGCAUUCACAUGGGAAGGCUAUACAAAAUUUCUUCAAUGAUGAUUCUGAUGAUGAUGACCUUCAUCAACAGAGGGUUGCAAUGGCUGUUCAACACCAUACGUUUUUGCUAGAGCAAUAUGCUCAACAAUCCAAACAUGGUGGUUUUGUUGCAGGCCGUGAAUACAAGAAUCAGAAGAGAGAAAAAUAUCAUAAGAGUCUCAUGGAGUACUUCUGUGAAAGACCACUUUAUCCCCCAGUGGACUUUCGCAGGCGGUUCCACAUGAGAAGAGAGCUUUUCUAUCACAUCUUGAAAGACGUUGUUGCAUAUGAGCCAUACUUUACCCAGAAGAUAGACGCUUGUGGACAACAAAGUCUAUCCCCAGGGCAGAAGCUGACAGCCAUUUUCGAAUGCUUGCAUAUGGAUGCUCGGCAGACUCCACUGACGAGUAUUGUAGAUUGGGUGAAUCUACAGCCCUUGAAUGUUUGCGAAAGUUUUGUUCUGUUAUUGAAGCUGUGUAUGGUCAGUGGUACCUCCGUUCCCCAAAUUAUGCCGACCUUUACAGGCUCUUACACAAGGCUAGUUGCAGAGGAUUCCCAGGCUUAUAAGAAGGAUACUGAAAGACCCUUCGGAAUACUUCAAGCUCAAUGGGCAAUUGUUCGGGGACUUGCACGUAUGUGGCGCAAAGAACAACUUCAUUCAAUCAUGAUGACGUGCAUAAUAUUGUACAACAUGAUUGUUGAGGAUGAGUAUGAGGAUCUAGAUGUAGAAUCUGAUGAUGAAGACAAUUGUCCACGAAUAUCUAGAAGAGCAAGAGCAAGACUUGCUUAUGAUCUUGAGCCAACUAUCACAUACGAUAUAAACCGAGACAGACAAACUAUCUCAGAUAUGGUCCGUCAUAAUAGAGUUCGUGCUUCGCAAGUGCAUCACAAUCUAAGAAAUGAUUUGAUCAACCACAUUUGGAGAUGCGAAGGAGAGGGGCAAUGA